AUGGAGCUUAGGGUUCGCCAUAGCCCUUAUCUGCGGCGCGAUUCCCCUUGUGCGACGCCCGAUUCCCCAUUCGCGUCGCCUGAUGCAACUCCCUCCCGCCCGGUUUCCCAUUUCCCAUUCCACCGCCACGAAACCCCAGUCACGCUGUCCGGCGAUUCCCCUUCCCUCCGCUCGACUCCCUGCUCCCACCACUUCUUCCUUCCGGCGGGUUCCUUUUCCCGUCGCCCUACUCCCCUUCGCAUCGCCCGAACCACAUUCCCGCCGCCCGGUUCCCCUAUCCAGCCUCCGAAAUCCCUUCCACGCCACCUGAAUCCCCUUUCCCUUCCCGCCCAUGGAUUCCGGGCGGGCCGCCCGACCGCCCCUUCCCGCCGCUCGAUUCCCCUUGCGCUCCGCCAAAUUCCAAUUCCCCGCCGCCUUAAUCCCGCUCCCGCCGCCCGAUUCCCCUUUCGCGCCGCCCGCUUCUCCUUUCGCGCCGCCAAAUUCCAGUUCCCGCCGUCCGAUUCGGAAUCCCGCGGCCCGCUUCCCCUUUCCCGCCGCCCGCUGCGCUUCCCGCCGCCCGAUUCCCAUUUUCCGCCGCCAGACAUGCCGUCCCGCCUCCCUGAUCCCUUUUCCGGGCGGCCGACUAUUCGUCCCUCCCGUCCCUCCCGUACCUCCCUUCCCUCCCGUCCCUCCCGUCCCUCUUCUCUCCCUUCUCUCCCUUCCCUCCCGUCCCUCCUUCUCUCCCUUCCCUCCCUUCCCUCCCUUCUCUCCCUUCCCUCCCGUCCCUCCCUCCCUCCCUUCCCUCCCUCCCUCCCUUCCCUCCCUUCCCUCCCUCCCUCCCUCCCUCCCUUCCCUCCCGUCCCUCCCGUCCCUCCCUUCUCCCUCCCUUCCCUCCCUUCUCUCCCUUCCCUCCCUUCUCUCCCUUCCCUCCCUUCUCUCCCUUCCCUCCCGUCCCUCCCUUCUCUCCCUUCCCUUCCCUUCCCUCCCUUCCCUCCCUUCUUCCAUUCCCUCCCGUCCCUCCCUUCCCUCCCUUCUCUCUCCUUCCCUCCCUUCCCUCCCUUCUCUCCCUUCCCUCCCGUCCCUCCCUUCCCUCCCUUCUCUCCCUUCCCUCCCUUCUCUCCCUUCCCUCCCUUCUCUCCCUUCCCUCCCUUCUCUCCCUUCCCUCCCUUCUCUCCCUUCCCUCCCUUCUCUCCCUUCCCUCCCUUCCCUCCCUUCUCUCCCUUCCCUCCCGUCCCUCCCUUCCCUCCCUUCUCUCCCUUCUCUCCCUUCCCUCCCGUCCCUUCCUUCUCUCCCUUCCCUCCCUUCCCUCCCUUCUCUCCCUUCCCUCCCGCCCUCCCUUCCCUCCCUUCCCUCCCGGCCCUCCCUUCUCUCCCUUCUCUCCCUCGCGCUCGCAAUCCAUCGAUGGAUCAACACAUUAGGUCCCCCCCACUUCCCUACCUGUCCUCUCAUCCACCCCUGCAGGGAUGA